UUCUGAAUUAUAUUUUGGCGCGCCGUGUCUGUGUUAAGCUCUCUAAUAACCCGCAAAAUUUCCAUCGCCGAAAGCUCUGUCGCUCGCUAAAACCCUAGUUUUGAUUCUCACUCGAUAGAAUUUUCGAUUCAAUGCUUCUGAACCUUUGAUCCUUACAAAUCAGUCUCUUACUAUAUUGAUUGGGAAUCGAUUCUGUAAUGGCGAAGAAGGUUGUAUCGAGAAGAGAGCUCUUGGAUCGGUGGAGGGACAUCGAAGAUGAGGCAGAUACUGAUAGUAAUGAUAAUGAAUCUCGUCUUCACCAACUCAAAGAGCAAUGGUUUGCGGAUGCCUUUAAUUUCUUGAUAUGCUUGCCAAACGAAUCACAUAUUUGGUGUAGUGCUUGGGAAAUAAUGGGCCCUCUUUUGGAGACAUUCUAUAAUUACUUUAAAGACGAACGUCAAGACUCUCCUCUCAGGAUCCUAUGGAAGAGGAUCUCAGAUGAGAUGCGAGAGUGCGUCCAGUGUGUAUCUCAGCACCACCAAGCGCAGGAGAUGUAUAAUAUGGAGUAUGAGUUGAGUUCCGUUGGUCCGCUUCUUGAAGUUUUGCGGAAUCUUGAUGAGGAAAGGGUAACUCAACAUUUGAGAGAGAUUACGUCCCGAAUAAAAAAGGAUGAAUAUGAUCCUUUGCGUGAUAAUGCUGGAGUUGUUAGUUUGAUGUAUGAGGUUUUGAUGUUUCCCAUCUUGCUGGAUGAUCGGUCCUUGUUUACAGAAUUCGAGAUAUUUAUUGAAGUAGUUGAUAACAUGCACGAUCUGGCGUUGGCUGGGCACCAACAGUUUCCGGGUGUUUAUGCAUUGCUUUUCUUCAAUAGAAGGGUACGUUCUGUUGGUCGCCGUUUAGCUCGUUCAAUGAAAAAAUUGAGGAGAGCAACAGAUUUGGAACCUGUGCAGCCUUUGUUUAAGAAAUAUAUUGGUCUUUUGGAGAUGGAAGCACUCCCAUCAGCUUCUAAAGUCUUAAAACCAAGAGUUCAGCUGGACCGACAAUCUAUAUGGCUGGGAAUCACUUCAUUGCUUGAGUUCUUAGAACCUUCAGCCUUCGAAGAAGGGAUACUGGAGCAAUAUCCAUUUUUUUUCGACAUUGUCCUCAACCAUAUUAGUGGUGAUUCAGCUGAAUUUUCUCAUGCAGUUUGUUGUUUGAGAGAACUCUUCAAAAUGCUUGGGUGUAAGCUUUGGCUGAGGUCUCCUCUAUCUCCAAAUGUGAUGCGCAACACAUUGUUGGGUCAGUGUUUUCAUACUCAGAAUGAGAAAGUUCAUAAAGACAUUUUUGAUCUUUUUCAGCCUUUCUUGCAGUCUCUUGAAGCUUUGCAAGAUGGAGAACAUGAGAGGCAACGUAGACAUUUUCUCUUCUUUCUUCUCCAUCAAGUUCCAGUGAGCAGUAACUUCAGUAGUUUAACGAGAAAAACAGCUUGCAAGAUAGCACUUCUAAUUAUACAUCGAGGUUACAAGAUGAAUCCACCAUGCCCUCCUUUUGAAUGUGCACAUAUGUGGGGCCCUUCUCUUGUUUUCUGUCUGAAGGAUUCUUCACUUCACAGUUCUUUGCGACAACCCGCCUUUGAUCUCAUGCAAACGAUUAUUGUUUCUGAUGCCAGUGCUUUGAUAACUUCAGUCUUGAAUUGCCAUACAACUUCAAUUAUUGACAGAACCACUCCUGAUGAGUGGAAUGAUGACGAGGAAGCUAGCGGGCUUGCAUUUGCUUCGGGUCUUGAAGAGAAGGAAUACAGUUGUUGGAGUGAAUUUAGUGAACAAAGUAAAAUGACUUCUUCGGAGUACAAGGGGUGGAUGUGCAUUCCUAUGCUAUGGGUUGAUGUUUUAGUUGAAAUUAAUCCUUCAGUCUUUCCGUUGUCAUUUUCGAAGGCUGUUUUUUGGGCUCGAUCUAAGUUAACUAUGGUUGAACCUGAAACUAGUGGGGAAAUGGCUCUUGCAGUUAGAAAUUGGCUUUCAUCUUCAGCUACAGAAAUUUCCUUUUCAUUUGGUUGGAAGGUUCCAACUGGUGCAGACGAUGGUGGUGGUGGGAGGGAGUCCAAAAAUCCAAUAGAAGUAUCAACAAUGUGCUUUCCUCUUGUAAGAGUUUUCAACAGAUUAACUGCACAUUUUGUGGUUCAAAUGGCGCAAGUAGAACUCAGAAAGCAGUGGACUUGGGAUGCAAGGAUGAGCGAGAGCUUGAUUCUUUCCCUUGUUGAUCCUAAUGAUAACAUGAGGCAAUUUGGCAAAUGCAUUUUGGAGCAAUUUUCCAAGAGUAGAGGUCUUGCUUCCGGUUUGAAGUUUCUAUGCUCUUCCAGAUCUUCGUUGUCUGCAACCUUUCUGGGCUUGAGACAUGCAUUGAAAGUGGCCCAACUGGAUUCAGUGCUAUCGAAAUUUCACAUACUGCAACAUUUCUUCUUUGUUCUGCGCAAACUAAUCAGUGAAGGGGAUUCAACCAUUCCAGAUUUUUCAGAAGAGGUUCCAGAUACCUCUUCUGAUUGCUACAUCACGAAAUUUUCUUCCCAAGGUGGAUUCCUGAAGCAGCCACUCUUUGAAUCCCAGACUGCACAAGGGAAUGUAAAUAUGUCAACUAUUGACUUAAAAUCACAGGAGAAGUUUUGUCACUUGCUAUCGGAAAUUGCAUGGCCUUCAAUUCGGAAGUGCCUAGUGGAAGGGAAGGUGUUCAUGAACUACUCUCUUUGUCAGAUGACUUGUGUUCGCUUGCUGGAGAUCCUCCCUGUCACUUUAGAAAGACUUGGCUACCCUUUUUUGGUUAAACGGUCUGGGAGUUCUGGGAUGGUGGAUAAUGUAUUUAACCUCGCCUGGCUGCAUGAUCUCAUGGACUGGGGAAAGUCAUCACUUAAAGUUGUCAUUGUGUAUUGGAAACGAACAGUAACUUCGAUUCUGAAUUUUCUCAAGAGAUCAUGCAAUGAUACUUCAGCACUGACAGUGAGGGUCAUUGAAAAUAUUAUUUCAUGUGAAACUUUUAACAUCGAUGAUUUGGCGGAACAAGUUUCGCGCCUCUGUGUUUCACUAUCAAAAGAAGUUUCUUGUGAUGUUGGAAAGGCUACAUUGGACCAAGGAAAUUUAUCUUCUGACGUUCUGUCCUUUUUGAGAAAAAGCCCAGUCUCAAAGGUGCAACCCAUCUAUGUGGAAGAAAGAAAUGCACAAAUGCCAUUAUCAAUGCCGAUGACUAACAGAACAGAUAAAUGUAAUGUGGUGGUUCUUUCAGAUGAUGAAGUAGAACCACAAAUUUCAUCCGAUGAUGUCCAUUUACCUUGUGGUGAGUCUAGUCCUGAUUUGUUGGUUGCUAAGCAGUUGGUCUCUUCUGUUGACAAAAGCAUUUCACCAGCUGACCCUGGAGAGAAUAUUUCUUCAACUGCGACUCAAAAAGAUCUGUUGGAGGCCAUUCAGAAAAGAUAUUCUGCAGAUAGAUUUGAUCUUGCUGUUGCAAAGCGGGGUUUUGAUCAGUCGAACGAAAAACCUCUGGCUUCUCUCAAAUCAAGAGCUGCGGAUGAAAAGAUAAAAGAAAUAAACUCGAACCGCAAUGUACUUGAUUGUCAUUUUUCCCAGUCCAGAAUUGAUCUGAGGAAGGCAUCCGAUGAAUCUGUCAAUUUGAAAAGUGUGCAUCAUAUCAGUCCAGAAACAAGUGCUCUAGUAUUGAAAGAGUUGGUACGUGAUUCUGAUGAUGAUCCUUGGGACUCAGCUCUUAAUUCUGCAAGACAUCGACAGACUUCUCUUGCAAAGUCAAGUGCUUCUGGCUCUAAGCGUCAAGUUAUUCAACUCAGAUCACCUGCUGAAAACAGAUCUGCUCAUUUACAUAGGCUGGGUGCUGGAGCUAAAAGGUUCAAGGCACUGAGGCUUGAUGACUGGUAUAGACCAAUUCUGGAAAUAAAUUAUUUUGCAACAGUAGGAUUGACAUCUGCUUGUCAAGAUGAGAAUCAUACUGCUGGGAGAUUGAAGGAGGUUCCAGUGUGCUUUAAAUCGCCUGAGCAAUAUCUGAACAUUUUCCGACCAUUGGUCUUGGAGGAGUUCAAAGCACAGUUACAUAGCUCCUUUCUGGAGAUGUCUUCAUGGGAGGAAAUAUAUUAUGGCUGUCUAUCUGUAAUAUCAGUUGAGAGAGUUGAUGACUUCCAUCUUGUUCGGUUUGCACAUGAUGAUGACAAUUCUUCAGCAUCCAGAAGCUUUUUUGAAAAUGACCUUGUUUUGUUAACGAAGGAGCCUCUGGAGAGUACUUCCCAUGAUUUUCACAUGGUUGGAAAGGUGGAGAGGCGCGAGAGAGAUGGCAAAAGAAGGUUAAGUAUACUUCUCAUCAGGUUCUAUUUUCUAAAUGGUUCUUCACGCUUAAAUCAAAGCAGGAGGAACCUUUUGGAACGUAGCAAAUGGCACGCAUGUCGCAUUAUGAACAUUACGCCCCAACUUCGAGAAUUCCAGGCACUAACAGCGAUCAAAGAUAUCCCCAUGUUUCCAGUUAUUUUAAAACCUGUCAAUAAUUCCCGUUGUUCUGCGGCAGAAAAUGAAUUUGCUCUGGGCAAACUUUCCCAGCCCUUGCAGCAAAAACUGAAGUCGUCCUUUAAUGACACUCAACUUCUAGCUAUUAGUGUAGCCAUUGGAUCGUGUAAUUUAAAUGAAGAGUUUGAAUUGUCUCUCAUUCAGGGCCCUCCUGGGACGGGCAAGACACGGACCAUCAUGGCCAUCGUUAGUGCUUUGCUUGCUUCCCCUCUACAGGGCAGUAACACAAAAGAUUCAUUGAAUGGAAAUUCAAAAAUUAAUAAUAAUUCGCGUGCUAGUUCCAGGACACAUGUUAGCCAGUCUGUUGCAAUUGCAAGGGCAUGGCAGGAUGCAGCCUUUGCAAGACAACUGAGUGAGGAUACUCAAAGUAAUGCUAAAUCAACAGAAAGUUCUGUCAGACGAAGGGUCCUCAUUUGUGCUCAAUCAAAUGCUGCAGUUGAUGAGUUGGUAUCAAGAAUAUCGAAUGGAGGCCUUUAUGGCAGUGAUGGUAAGGUGUACAAGCCAUAUCUCGUAAGGGUUGGAAAUCCUAAAACAAUUCAUCCAAAUUCGCUACCCUUCUUUAUAGAUACCCUUGUUGAUCAUCAUUUAGCAGAAAAGCAAUUGAGUGAUGCUAAGAAUGAUUUGGGUGCAAAAUCUUCUACAGCCCUACGUACCAAUCUAGAAAAGUUAGUCGACCAAAUUAGGUUUUUCGAAGCCAAGCGUGCUAACUUGAGGGAUGCAAAUUCAGAGCUGAAAAAUACAUUGGAAGAUGAAAGUCAGAAAGGGGUUGAUGUAAAGGAAAUGACCGAUGCUGAAUUAGAGGUGAAGCUACGAAAAUUAUAUGAACAAAAAAAGCAAACAUAUAAAGAUCUUAGUGCUGUUCAGGCACGUGAGAAGAAGUCAAAUGAAGAAACCAAAGCACUGAGGCAUAAGCUGCGGAAGUCUAUAUUAAGGGAAGCAGAAAUUGUGGUGACUACACUUAGUGGCUGUGGUGGAGAUCUUUAUGGGACGUGUUCUGAAUCUAUUUCAAGUUUUAAGUCUGGCAAUCCAUCUGAGCAGACUCUGUUUGAUGCUGUUGUGAUUGAUGAAGCAGCUCAAGCUCUGGAACCUGCGACUUUAAUUCCACUUCAACUUUUGAAGUCAAAUAGGACAAAGUGUAUUAUGGUUGGUGAUCCAAAGCAGCUUCCUGCAACAGUUCUCUCUAAUGUCGCAAGCAAAUAUCUUUACCAGUGCAGCAUGUUUGAGCGUUUACAAAAGGCUGGUCAUCCUGUUACAAUGCUCACCAAACAGUAUCGGAUGCACCCAGAGAUAUGUCGGUUUCCUUCUUUCCAUUUUUACGAUAGUAAGUUGUUGAAUGGGGAUCAGAUGUCAAGCAAAUCUGCACCAUUCCACGAGACCAUGGGUCUUGGGCCUUAUGUGUUCUAUGACAUUAUUGAUGGCCGGGAGCUCCGCGGUAAAAAUUCUGGUGCAUUUUCCCUUUACAAUGAGCAUGAGGCUGAUGCUGUGGUUGAAACACUUAGGUAUUUCAGGAAAAGGUACCCUUCGGAAUUUAUUGGUGGGCAAAUUGGCAUCAUAACGCCAUACAAGUGCCAGCUUUCGCUUCUGCGUUCUCGUUUUUCUGGUGCAUUUGGAUCCUCAGAGAUAGCGAAUAUGGAGUUCAAUACUGUGGAUGGUUUUCAAGGACGGGAGGUUGAUAUAUUGAUGCUCUCCACAGUUAGAGCAUCAGAUUCACACUCUACUGCCACUGGGAUUGGUUCUAGCAGUAUUGGGUUUGUUUCUGAUGUAAGGCGGAUGAAUGUUGCUCUGACAAGAGCAAAGCUCUCCCUUUGGAUUUUCGGGAAUGCAGAGACCUUGGAGGCAAACCAGAACUGGGGAGCUCUUGUGAAGAAUGCUAGAGACAGGAAUUUGCUUAUAUCAGUGAAAAAACCAUAUGAGUCAAUGUUCAGAAGUCCUUCAGAAGGUGAUCAUCCAAGACCGCUGAAGCAUGUCAAAAAGAUUGUAGAAGGUAGCCAUCCUGCCAAAGGAAAAGAUCGUGAGCUGAAGGCUGCAGUGGAAAGGAAUGUAAAGUACGAUGGCUUUGUAGCUCAGCAUAAAAGACCAGUACCUGAGGAUGAUGACAGGGUUUUAUUAAGAAGGGAAGAAUUGCCUGGUAGCCACAAACGUUCCAGAGAUAAACAUGAAUUUGCAGUGAAGAAGGAUCCUUUUAUACCUGCAAAUGGUGAGGAUGAAAUGUCAAAGAUUAUAAGGCCAGCCAAGCUGGGAGAACAUGAUACUGAUGGUGAAGGUAAAGGCAAAGAGAGAAGUGAUGAGAAGUUCACAUUGGGUAAUACUCAUGUCUGUAAAAGUAAAGGUGAACGUGAAAAUUCGAGGAGUAAGUUAUGUCGGAAAGGAGUUGAUGAUCAUAGAAAGUUGAAUAUGUUGAAAGGACCUAAGAAAUCUUUUGAGCAUGAUAGAAGCAAGAAGAAAUUAGAAGUUUCUACUGCCAUAGUUGAAGGCAGCCUUAAGGAGGGCAAGGCACAUGAUGGAGAUAAGGCUCCUGAUAAACAAGGUUCUAAAGAAGGAUUCAUUGCAAAACGAAAACAGCAACGUGAAGCUGUUGAUGCUAUUCUCUAUUCUGCCCUCAUUCCCUCGAAGUCCGUGGGAUCAUCCAAGCCCUUGCCUACCAAAAGACCUCGUUCUCCUGCUUCAAGCGGAACUGCUGGCAUUGAACCGCCAAAGACGGAAAAAGUUAAACAGGAAUCCUCAACGAGCGCAUUGCAUGAUCAGACCCGUCGGCAUCGCAGUAGAAAAGACAAAUCUACUAACAACUUCAGAUGAACAAGUCGAAUUUUUUCUUCCAAUUUUUAGUCUCUGGCAACAAGAUUGGGGAGAUUAAUGGCUCAGAUGUACUGAUGGUGGGGUAAUUAUCUAGCCUUUAAUAGUCAUCUUGAAAACUGAUAAUUGAAUAGGUGACUAAUUUAUUUUAGAUUUGUGGUUUGCAGUCGCAUACCUCUAGCAUAUACAUACAUACAUAUAUAUGUAUAUGUAUAUGUAUAUACCAGAUGGUCUUCCCCCUUUUGUUGCCUUUGAAAUGUGUAUAUAUUAGCUUAUAUAAGUUCUUGUAAUUUUUAAUAUGGUUAGUGCAAAAUUUUUCUUUGAUUAAUUCAUGUAUGUGUUCUUUGUCUCCAAA